AUGUCUGACGUCGCUGAGACCAAGCCCGACCCCACCACCAGCGCUCCUGAGGCCGCUGAGAAGCCCGAGACCACCACCACCGAGGCCGUGGCUGAGGAGGCCAAGGCUGCUGCUGAGUCUGCCGCUGAGACCGUCAAGGAGACUGCCACCAAGACCACCGACAGCGUUUUCUCCAUGUUCGGCGGAGGUCCCAAGAAGGAGAAGGUCGAGGCUGAGGAUGACAAGGACGAGCCUUCUGGCUCUUCCAAGGCCCAGAAGGCUGAGGAGGAGGACGAAGCCCCCGAGUCCCCCGAUGUCCACUUCGAGCCUGUCAUCCGCCUGACGGAGAAGGUCGAGACCAAGACCAACGAGGAGCUGGAGGAGCAGACUUUCAAGAUGCGUGCUAAGCUGUUCCGCUUCGACCGUGAGAGCAAGGAGUGGAAGGAGCGUGGCACUGGUGACGUGAGACUGCUCAAGCACAAGGAGAACCAGAAGACCCGCCUUGUGAUGCGCCGCGACAAGACCCUCAAGGUCUGCGCUAACCACUACAUUGUUCCCGACAUGACGCUUAGCGCCAACGUUGGCAGUGACCGCAGCUGGGUCUGGAACGCUGCCGCCGAUGUCAGUGAGGGCGAGCCUGAGGCUUGCACCCUGGCCAUCCGUUUUGCCAACAGCGAGAACGCCAACCUGUUCAAGGAGGCUUUCGAGACGGCACAGAAGGAGAACGAGAAGCUCCUCAGCCAGCAAAAUGUCCGUCUGGUGACGGAGCAACAUAUCCUAAACAAAGACUCCGGCGUCGAGGGAUUCCCUCUACGGUCAUGGUCAAUUGAAAUCUACCUGGUCAACGACCACGGCGAGCAGGUCCCCGCAAACGUCUUCGACAAGGUGACGUACACACUGCACCCGAGUUUCGGCCCGCGGGCUGUUCAGACUUUUAAGAAUCCUCCGUUCAGAAUCUCCGAGGAAGGAUGGGGUGAAUUCGACAUGCAGAUCGGCCUGACUGCCGCCGACAAGGAGCAUUUCGUCACCCAUGACCUCAACUUCGCGCAGGCGCGCUACGAAUCCAAGCACGUUAUUACCUUCAAGAACCCCAAGCCUGCGCUGCUAGCGCUACUGCGUGAAUCCGGCCCCGUUCCUGGCGACGAGAACGGAGUCAAGUCGAAACGCGCCGCGGGAGGCGAGGAGGGGUCGAAGAAGAAAAAGAAGACGGAGAAGAAUGUCGACAUGGACAAGCUGGCCGAUGGCCUCCAGCGUCUUGGCGAAGACGAUCUUCUCCAAGUGGUGCAGAUGGUCCAUGACAACAAGGCUCCAGACUCAUAUACCAAGAACGAUGUUGAGCAGGGUGAAUUCCACGUUGAUCUCUAUACCUUACCCGACAACCUAAUCAAGAUGCUCUGGGAUUUCACGCAGGAAAAAGGUGCUUUGUGA